GGGACGCAAGUGUGCGUGCGAUUGCGGAUGCGGACGCCAAGUCGGUCGAGCAAAGCGUUUCGACCAGCUCCGAAAGCACCAGAGACGCUCGCAGAUCCUAGUGGCGAAGGAUAUAAUUAAGACUGUUUGGGAUUGUUGGUUGUUGUUGGUACCUUACAGGGGUUUGCCAGGGGUUCUCAUAGUUGUGGGAUACUCUUUCCUUGACUCUUUCUUGUGGGAAGUGAACUUCAUAUGUUGGAAAUAUGACUCUAUGGCAACCUCCUACAGGAUACUUGGAAAUUCCAAUUGGAUUUGUCCAACAAGCAUGUUAGAGCCCAAUUCCCAUUACAUUAAGUUCAAUUCAAGAAGGAGUCAAUAAAGUGUCCCACAGCUAUGAGAACUGCUGGAAAACCGUGUACGGUUUGGUGAUGGAAUGGCAUACAUUGGAUGAGGGUUUCUGGGGGAUGAAUCUUUUUCUACGGUUUAUGGGGUUGUAGUUAGUUGUAUUUUUUAUGAGGCUUUUUAAAGAGAUUAUAAUAACCAGCUCGAAUGUACUUACCUGAUUUAACACACACGCACACAAAGGUGUACAAGCCGGGUGUGCAAUUUUUAUAAUUUUUGGGCUAACCUUUUGCCUUGUCGUUACCACCUCACCACUCACCAAAUGUAAUCGUAUAUCGUCUUGCAGCAGCUGGUCGGUGUUUUUUUGGUGGGUCCUAAUGGUGACCAGCAGUAGUAGUGUUGAUCGAUAACAAGCCCGUACACAUCAAUCUCAAACGAUGGAUAAGGAACAGAGCGCAGCGUCGGACCGGCAGACGUACGACGAUAGUCCGGCAACGCAGAGUGAAUCAUCGUCCGCAUUGGGCUGGCUGCUGCUGUACAGUGUGGCCAUGUUUACGCUACCCUUUGCGGCCUUCUACAGCACGCGGUACGGCCUGACGCACUAUCUGCACGUGGACGGGUUUGCCAACACCUGCGGCUCGGUCGUGGCGGCGGUACUGGUGGUGAACGUGAUCAUCUUCCUGUACGCCGUGCGUGGAUAUGAAGAUGUGAAGGAUGACGACAACAACCACGACCCCACGACGGAGGAAGGCGACGAACGCAAGGAUGAAGCUAAAAAGUCGAAGUAGACAUUAGUGAACAUACACGGGGCCGUAUUUCUCAACACGGUGACAUCAUUCCAACUGGUUAGGGAGCAUUGAUUGAGGGCGAGUUUGAAUUGUGAGACGUUAUCGGUAGGCUGUAUAGAAUGUAGAAAGGAAUAUAAUAAACUUACUGUACGAAAGGA